UGUGGCUAGUUACUCACUAUACCAAAUAACCCCCCUAAAGACCCAGCGAGUGCCGACCCAUCUAGCUGACUUGACUUCAAACCAGUUUCGCUCGCACUCAGAGACAGAGGCCCGUAUCAGUCAAAAAAAAAACAACAAAACCCGCUUUUCCGUUCACACCAUUGGCGAUCGGGCUCGCCGGUACUCGUCAUCCCGAGGUGGUGAUUGGACGCAGCAAAUGUCAAUCAUGUCAAUCAUAGCGACGUCACAUUGUUGCUAAGGCGUUGAAAACAACUGAGGAAAAACGUUCGCGGCGAAUCCGAAAGCGAGUUGGAUGGGGCGUUGAAGGUGCAUGCUGAUUUCUCUGCUGCUUCUGUCUGGUAUAUCAAAGGGUUUCUCCUGUUUCUGCUGCUUGGAAAGCCUGUAAUGGGCAAGAUCUCAAAAAGAACACAAACAUUUUAUUUUUGAUUAAUAUUUUUCUUUGAGGUUACUGAUUCAACCAGUAGCACAUCAUGUUUUGGAAGUUCGAUCUGCACACGACAUCCCAUAUAGACACGCUGCUGGAGAAGGAGGAUGUCACUCUCACGGAGGUUAUGGAUGAGGAGGAUGUCUUGCAGGAGUGUAAAGCUCAAAACCGCAAGCUGGUGGAAUUUCUGGUGAAGCCACAGUGCAUGGAGGAUCUCGUAACCUUUAUAACACAGGAGCCCUCUGAAGACAUGGAUGAAAAGAUCAGAUACAAGUAUCCAAACAUAUCCUGUGAACUCCUAACUUCAGAUGUGGCACAAGUCAAUGACAGACUAGGGGAAGAUGAAAGUUUACUAAUGAAACUGUAUGGGUUUCUACAAAAUGAGUCUCCUCUUAACCCUUUAUUGGCUAGCUUUUUUAGUAAGGUGUUGAGCAUUCUUAUCAGCAGAAAACCAGAACAGAUUGUGGAAUUCCUUCGGAAAAAAGAAGACUUUGUGGAUUUAAUGAUUAAGCAUAUAGGGACCUCUGCUAUUAUGGACUUGCUUCUCAGGAUGCUGACAUGCAUUGAACCACAGCAACUUAGGCAAGAUGUUUUAAAUUGGUUGAACGAAGAGAAGGUUAUCCAGCGACUUGUAGAUAUGGUACAGCCAAAUCAGGAUGAAGAUAGGCAUUCAAAUGCAUCCCAGUCACUAUGUGAAAUAAUUCGCCUAAGCAGAGACCAGAUGUUCCAAGUACAGGGCUGCACAGAACCUGAUCCCUUACUGGCCACACUGGAAAAACAGGAAACAGUUGAGCAGUUACUGUCCAACAUUUUCGACAAAGAAAAAAAUGAAUCUGCAAUUGUCAGUGUUAUCCAGAUACUUCUGACACUUUUUGAGACCCGCAGGCCUGCCUUUGAAGGCCAUUUAGAGAUUUGCCCUCCUGGUUUGAAUCACCCUUCAUUUUCAGUCAAUCAGAGUGUUUUAGAAGCCAUCAGGCCGCAGCUGAAACACUUCCACCAACUGCUGCUUGAGCCCCCAAAGAAAAAUGUCAUGAAAACUACAUGGGGUGUGUUAGAUCCACCUGUUGGCAACACUCGAUUGAAUGUGGUCAGAUUAGUGGCUAGCCUUCUCCAGACAAACACACAUAUCAUAAACUUGGAGCUGAUUGAUCUUAACACUGUUGGAGUCAUACUUGAUAUGUAUUUUAAAUACAUAUGGAAUAAUUUCCUUCACCUCCAAGUAGAAAUCUGCACUGCAAUGAUACUAGCAAUCCCGCCAGCCCAAAAUGAAAAUGCAGAAAUCAACAGAGAUGCUGGUGAAGAACAAGUCAGGGAUAAUGUCCUUGUAAAACAUUUGUUUCAGAAAUGCCAGUUACUACAGAGAAUACUUGAUGCGUGGGAAUCGAACGAGAAGGAACAAUCAGAAGGAGGAAGGCGGAGAGGAUACAUGGGCCACUUGACUAGGAUAGCCAAUUCUAUUGUGCAUAAUAGCGAGAAGGGGCCUAACAGUGCACUAAUACAGCAACUUAUUUCAGACCUACCAGAUGAUGUCAGGGAACGCUGGGAAGCAUUUACAUCUGGUCCAUUAGCAGAAACAAAUAAGAAAAAUACUGUAGAUCUAGUAAAUACACAUCAUAUUCAUUCAUCCAGUGAUGAUGAGGUUGACUUUAAGGAAAGUGGGUUUCAUCAGGAUUCAUCUUUACAACAAGCCUUUUCUGAUUAUCAGAUGCAACAAAUGACGUCCAAUUUUAUUGAGCAGUUUGGCUUCAAUGACGAGGAGUUUGCAGAUCAGGAUGAUGUCGUGGAGAUUCCAAUGUGUGAAAGCGGGAGUAUUCCCUUUGAUAGAAUAUCAGACAUCAAUUUUUCUUUGAAUACAAAUGAAAGUGCAAACAUAGCUCUUUUUGAGGCAUGUUGUAAGGAAAAAAUCCAGCAGUUUGAGGAUGCUGGAUCUGAUGAAGAGGAUAUUUGGGAUGAAAAGGAUGUAACUUUUGCACCAGAAUCUCAGAGGCGUCCCAGGAGUUCUGGCAGCACUGAUAGUGAAGAAAGUACAGAUUCAGAAGAAGAAGAUGUAAAAAGAGAUCCAUUUGAACCUCCAAACACAAAUUCAGAUGAUAGAAUGGAAGUUGAUGCAAAUGAAGCCCCUGGGUGGACAGCUAAUUUUGAUGAUAUACCUAUGGACACAGGAAGUACUGCAGUAGUGGCUCAGUCUGCAGCUCCAGUGACAGUGGGCUCUUCUGAGGGCUGGAAUUCAAGUGAGCCCAUAUCAGGAAAAGAAGGCGGUUGGGCAGAUUUCACUGACUUCUCACCAGAAAUAAGCCCCAAAGAUCCUUUAAGAAGCAGCUCCCCAGUGGCCAUGGAGACUAGUUCGGAGACUGCUGACCCCCUGGGUGUGAAUUUGCCGGCACAACCAGAAGAAAUGGAGAGGUGGCCAGUAGACAGUACUCACCCACAGGCAGCACCCAGUGCGAAGAUGGACGCAGGUUCUGAUGGAGAGGAGGAGGAGGACCGAAUAACGGAGACUGUCACCAAUGGCUCGAUGAAGGAGACAGUCAGCCUUACUGUAGAUGCCAAAACUGAAACUGCUGUUUUUAAAAGAGUGUUGAAAUCCUUUCGUGAGGAAGAAAAAUUGUCUACCUCUGAAGAUGCGUCUGUGAAAUAUGCAGUUCCAGACACUGCAGAGACUGAUAAGAGUGUUCCUACAUCACCACAGCUUGCCAGUAACUGUCAGAAGCAGAGCUUAAAGCACUUGGAGAAAUCAAAAUCUCCAUCAAAUGAAACUUUAAAUGGUCCCCAUGAUGAAGUAACUGCUAUGGAGGAAGCCAAAACAGAUCAACGUGUCCCUUCACCAGAGGCUGCAGUUAAUGGCCCAGCUUGAUGUGAUGCCAGUUUCCUGCUUCUGUCUGAGAAGCUUUUAUCCAGGGGGUUCCAGUAGGGUUCACUGGAGGCACACCACCAGAGCCAGUCAAAGCCAGCCACUGCUGCACUAACUUCACCAGUUCAGGACCAGCAAUAUUCAUACAAGACUUUACAGACAGUUGUACAGAAAGUUCGAACUGUAUGAAGACUCUAAUGGAUACAGAGAACUUUUUUGCAUUUGUUUAUAUACUGUUGUUCUUAUGAUCUGUCUGAUAUCUUGCCACUCAAGUUAAUAGUCAUGUUGCUAUAGUUAAAAUGAUUGUAUGAAUAAAGUAUUUUAUAAAAAAUGUAUACAGAAACCGAAAAUAUCUAAGUGAACAUCCCAAUUGGAAUACUUGGUGUGACCAAAUAAUUAAGCAGUUUUUGAUAGGGUAUCCUCUUGCACAAAAUCAGAUAUUUAAUUUCCUUCCAAGUUAAAACAAUGGCUACCACGAAUAUGUUAAUCUGCAACCUAUUUUGGUCUGUUUCCUUAUUAAGCUGAUUAUUAGAGAAAAGUAUAAUUUUAAAUAUUCAACAAAGGGUUUUUUGCUACCGGUAUUAUUUGUAAAUGUUUCUUGUAUCCUUUAAACAUAAGCAAGAUUUGAAAACCUUUGGUAUAGUUUUUAACUUUUAUUUAUUGAGAAGUAGUUGAUAAUGUGUAAUGUUACUAAAAGAGCCAUACGCUUGUUCUCUUGUUUCACAAGAUUAAACUGUACAUCCCCCCUGCAGGUGAAAACCCCAGAAAAUGGUUUCAGAUGCACGUACUGUAGCUAUUGAGUGGUGUCAGCUCUUGCUGAAGGCUUGUAACUGCAAGUCCUCUGAACGAUUGUGUAUUCAUUCACUGAAGUCAAUCUUUAUACCUUUUAAAUGACCUGGAAGAAGUUCUAUUUUACCAUAGGAAUACAUAUUAUGAAUAAUAGUUGAUAUAUCCCUGAUAUUUGCGUUGACGUUCUAUCUUGCAUAUUAUGAAAUGAGAAAGCAGUCAGUGCCAGAAAUUCAGAAUUCAGGUGGAUUAAAAAUUUCCCUUUUACAUCA